UUCCGGUUGGUUCCCACUGACUGUAGUGAGAUGGUAAACCGGUAACAGGACCUAAGUGACUCGGAGUCAGAAACCGGUCGGUAAAAAAAAUGUCCUUUUUCUCCAGGAACAUGACAUUUUUAGACCUAGACGCAUAUUUAUUCUUUUAGUUUAAAGUAAAGUCUGUGCAUUCCGACCGCAUUGGUAGUGUUAGCAGUUAGCUGUUAGCUAAAAACAGAUAAUAAUUAUAAUAAUAAUAACCGACUCCGAGGAAUCGACUCACUUGUCAUCUGGGAGUAAUUAAAGGUUAGUGUGUAUUUACUGGCAGGAGGACACGGUGUUGAACCGAAUGAACCCGAGGCCAAAGGCUUUAUCAGACACCUUAAAUCAGUAAAAAAAAAAUCAACUGAUCCUAUAAACAGCUGUCCUAUAAACCAGGAGAUAAACAUCCAGAAACAGGCAGGAAUCCGGGCAGAGACCCUCAUGAAUGGAAAUCAGCACUACAGAAGCGGUUGGGGAUACGCCCCUGUUCUCCUCACCACGCAGGCCUGGCUAUGGCACCAUGGGCAAGCCCAUCAAGCUGCUGGCCAACUGCUUUCAGGUGGACAUCCCAAAGAUGGACGUCUACUUGUAUGAGGUGGGCAUCAAGCCAGAAAGAUGUCCACGCCGUGUCAACAGGGAGGUUGUGGACUCCAUGGUGCAGCAUUUUAAAGUCACCAUCUUUGGAGACAGAAGACCGGUGUAUGAUGGCAAAAGGAGCCUGUACACAGCACAACCACUACCAGUUGCUACAGGAGGAGUGGACCUAGAUGUGACUUUACCUGGAGAAGGAGGCAAGGAUCGGCCCUUUAAAGUGUCCAUCAAGUUUGUGUCGCUGGUUAGCUGGCACAUGCUGCACGAGGUGCUGACAGGGCGGGGUAUGGUCGAGCCUCUGGAUCUGGACAAGCCAAUCAGCACCAACCCUGUGCACGCCGUAGACGUGGUGCUGCGCCACCUGCCUUCAAUGAGAUACACACCAGUAGGCCGGUCUUUCUUCUCCUCUCCUGAAGGCUAUGAUCAUCCUCUGGGGGGAGGCAGGGAAGUGUGGUUUGGGUUCCACCAAUCAGUGAGACCAGCUAUGUGGAAGAUGAUGCUGAACAUAGACGUGUCUGCUACUGCGUUCUACAAAGCCCAGCCGGUGAUCCAGUUUAUGUGCGAGGUUCUGGACAUCCAUAACAUUGACGAGCAGCCGCGCCCUCUGACAGACUCCCACCGAGUCAAAUUCACUAAAGAAAUCAAAGGUCUGAAGGUCGAGGUGACUCACUGUGGCACCAUGAGGAGGAAGUACAGGGUGUGUAACGUCACCCGCCGGCCUGCAAGCCACCAAACGUUUCCGCUGCAACUGGAGAAUGGGCAGACUGUGGAGAGAACAGUGGCGCAGUACUUCCGUGAGAAAUACAACCUGCAGCUCAAAUAUCCCCACUUGCCCUGCCUGCAGGUGGGCCAGGAGCAGAAACACACAUAUCUGCCCCUGGAGGUGUGUAAUAUUGUAGCUGGGCAGCGCUGCAUUAAGAAGCUGACCGAUAACCAAACUUCCACCAUGAUUAAAGCCACGGCUCGAUCAGCACCAGACAGGCAGGAGGAGAUCAGCCGACUGGUUCGCAGUGCAAACUAUGAGGCUGACCCAUUUGUCCAGGAGUUCCAGUUCCGUGUGAGGGAUGAGAUGGCCGAGGUUACCGGCCGCGUAUUGCCUGCCCCCAUGCUGCAGUACGGCGGCAGGGUGAGCUCUGAACACUUCCUGAAUCGCACAGUGGCCACUCCAAGCCAUGGCGUAUGGGACAUGAGAGGGAAGCAGUUUCACACUGGGGUAGAAAUUAAAAUCUGGGCCAUUGCUUGCUUUGCCACUCAGAGACAAUGCCGAGAGGAAAUCCUCAAAAGCUUUACUGAUCAGCUGCGUAAGAUUUCAAAAGAUGCUGGGAUGCCUAUCCAAGGCCAGCCUUGCUUCUGCAAGUACGCUCAGGGAGCAGACAGUGUAGAGCCCAUGUUCAGACACCUGAAGAACACUUAUGCUGGUCUACAGCUCAUCAUCGUCAUCCUGCCUGGGAAAACGCCCGUCUAUGCGGAGGUGAAGCGUGUUGGAGACACUCUCCUGGGAAUGGCCACUCAGUGUGUGCAGGUGAAGAACGUGGUGAAGACCUCACCACAGACACUCUCCAACCUCUGCCUGAAGAUCAAUGUCAAACUAGGUGGCAUCAAUAACAUCCUGGUUCCUCAUCAACGUCCGUCCAUUUUUCAGCAGCCAGUCAUUUUCCUAGGUGCUGAUGUCACUCAUCCACCUGCAGGAGACGGCAAGAAGCCCUCCAUCGCUGCGGUGGUAGGCAGCAUGGACGCCCACCCGAGCCGCUACUGUGCCACAGUGCGUGUUCAAAGACCCAGGCAGGAGGUCAUCCAGGACCUGGCCUCCAUGGUCCGGGAGCUACUCAUCCAGUUCUACAAAUCCACACGUUACAAACCCACACGCCUCAUCUUUUACAGAGACGGAGUGUCCGAGGGGCAGUUCCGACAGGUGCUGUAUUAUGAACUGCUGGCCAUUCGGGAGGCCUGUAUCAGUCUGGAGAAAGAGUAUCAACCAGGCAUCACUUUUAUUGUCGUGCAAAAACGCCACCACACACGCCUUUUCUGCGCUGACCGUAACGAGAGGGUUGGACGGAGUGGAAACAUUCCCGCUGGCACUACAGUUGACACAGACAUCACCCAUCCCUAUGAGUUUGACUUUUACCUCUGCAGUCAUGCUGGAAUUCAGGGCACGAGCCGGCCCUCACACUACCACGUGCUGUGGGACGACAACUGUUUCACGGCUGACGAGUUCCAGCUGCUCACCUACCAGCUGUGCCACACGUACGUACGCUGCACCCGCUCCGUCUCCAUCCCGGCGCCUGCCUACUAUGCCCACCUGGUUGCCUUCCGUGCUCGCUACCACCUGGUCGACAAGGAGCAUGACAGUGCGGAGGGCAGUCAUGUGUCAGGACAGAGUAAUGGUCGUGACCCCCAAGCCCUGGCCAAAGCUGUGCAGAUUCACCACGACACUCUGAGGACCAUGUACUUUGCCUAGGCCUUCCUCCUCCUCCUCCUCCUCCUCCUCGACACCUGUCACUCACAUGAUGCCCUGCACUGAAGCCUACUCCCACCAUGUCCUGGGCCACUCUGCUGCUAAACCGAACCAAACACAACUACAGCAAAGGGGAGGGAUGGGAAUUAACUUUGUUAUGCAAUAGAAUGGUUGUUUUUUUUUUAAAUUCAUGCUUUUCUAAUAGCCUACAUCUUUCCUUUUCUUGUGUAGAUCUGUGAGCACUGAGAAAGGUAUGGCAUUUGUACACUUAUUUAUUAGCAUCAAGUUUCUCUCUGUCUGUCUGUAUCUCUUUUUUAAAUUGCGUGCAGAUCUUUUAACUUUUUGAGUCAAUGUUAAUUAGUUGCAAAAUUGGAAUCGAUAUCAGUUAUGAAGGUCAAACUAUUUCACUCUCAGAGAACAGAAGAGAGGAAGACCACCAGAUGGCUCUGUGGUGUUAUAGGACCAAUUAAUAUCAGCAAAGCUACACGAUACGUGCCGCAGGACAACGGCACAGUCUCUCACCGUGCUAUUACUUUUUUUUUACAACAGAAAAAAUUAUCGAGUAACUGAAAUUUCACACACAAUAGAGCCAAAUAUGUUUUGUUGUUCCCGAUGAAGCCAGGGUAGACCAUCAGUAGGACAGGAAAAUGUCCCAGUGCUGCUGUUGUACCAAACUGUCGGAACGCUGCUCGUCCAAUCCAAUCCAGUGGACUGGAACUGUCCUUGGUGUAAAUUUGGGUGAAGAGGGGGAAAGUGAUGCUAGGUCAUUGCCAAAGGACGUUAAAGAAACCGGUGCUGUUGAUGUUGUCGUCGUUGUUGCUGCCUUUACCAGGUACUGAAUGCAUAUGUUGACACACCUUUGCUAAUAUAGCAUUUUCUCAAUGAAGUGGUGGUUUUAAUUUGCACGGUUGCGAAUACUUUACUUUAUUACACAAAAACACAACACAUUUAACCCCUCCAUUAAGAGUCCCUUGUGUAGGGAUUUGAGACAAUGUGCCUGGAAACACUUUCUUAACGAACGUCGGCCCAUCCUUAGGUUUUCACGCCGUUAAAACUCAUGCUGCAGUUGUUGAAAAGUAGUGUUUCAGAUGUGACUAGAGCAAAGGAACUAAGGUAGUGACGAGUAAGCUGAGAAGACUUCCCUGCACUUGAAACAAAGAGCAUUUCUUUCUUGCUUUCUCACUUCCCCAGUGGACGGAUGCACACACUGCCAUGCUAAUAUGUGCACCGACUGUGCACAUAUCAGCUCCAGGCCCCUCCCAUCUUUUUUUUUUUUCAAGCUGGGCCAAAAUUGUGACAGUGCAAAUCAAAGCUGGAAGACACCAGAUAGCAUCAUGCAGCUUGAUUCAUGGCCACAAGUAUGUAAGUAGGCACCUGACCAGCACACCCAUAUGAGUCUCUUCAUCAAACUGGUACAACAAAGCUGGAAUCACACACUUUUUUUUUUACACACAUCUUUAUUUGCUGUAGGAUUGCAGUUUUAUUUCACUGGAACUCAGAGACUCAAACCCUGUUCCAUCAUGACAAUGUCCCUGUACAGAGCUCCAUGAACACAGGGUGUGUGAAGGUUGGAGUGAAGAACUCGAGUGUCCUGCACUGAGCCCUGACUCUGACUCAACACCACUGAACACCUUUGUGAUGAACUGGAACACAGACUGAACCCCAGACCUCCUCCUCACUUUUACAGCAUCAGUGUCUGAUCUCACUGAUGAUCUUCUAGCUGAAUGAACACAAAUCCACACAGACACACAACAACAUCUAGUGGAAAGACUUCAUAGGAGAGAAGAGAUGAGAGAUUUUUAACAGGAAAGAGGAAUAAAUCCUUAAUGGGAUGUUCAGCAUUCACAUAUGGGUCUGAUGGUCUGGUGUCCACAAACUGUAGCUCUGGUGCCUACCUGAUGUCUUACAGUUUUUGUUGCACUCAAUGACCGUAAAUAAGCACUUUGUUUUGGUAGUAAAAUACAACCAAAUAUUUGAUCUUGGCAGUUUUUAUUUAUUUGAUCGUAUCUUAAAUUUUUUGAGCUUUGGAAAAUGGUCAGCUUUUUCCUGUCCUCUAGCAUUAGCCACUUUUCUACCAGAUUGUAAUGAAUCUGCAGUCAGAGCCAUGAUGACUCAUGAUGUCAUGAUUGCCUGCAUGAUAUUAUAAUUUUUUCUUUUCUGGACCCAUUAAAGGUUGAGGGCUUUUUACUACUUGACCUCGUUUGGCUUUGCCCACUGCAUCUUUAUCCUCAAAGCCACAUACAGAUGCAAACCAGUGUAGCUGCUAAUCUCGAUAUACUACAAACAGGUGUUUGUUGGUACAAAGAGCGCUUGAGGAACAAUGACAAUAUUACUGCACUUAAUUGUUUGAUAUGUCUCUAUAUUCUCAGUUGGGGCUCUUUGCCCAGGUGCUAAGAAGUGCGGUGCUGUCAUUCGGGAAACUGGAAAGCCAUGUUUUUGUUCUAUUACCUUUCACUUUAAGCAUAUAUAUAAUAUAUAUAUAUAACUAUAUGUAUAUGUUUUUUUGAAAGUCGCACGCUCAGUCGUCGCAAAUGUUUGCUAAAUGGUCAAAGAAACAAAUGACCUCCGUGAGUCAGAUGUUCAAAACCCUUUAGUUUAUAUCAGAGCAGAUUGGAUGAGUCCAAGACAUGCGAUGCUACCACCUACAGAUUGGGUUACAAACCUGUUUGAUUGUCAUAUGCAUCCAGGUACACGUAUUGUUUAUUGUCGAUAUAAUGAUUAAACAUGUAAAAACAUAUGAUCGUCUUCAGAAUACAGAGAAAACAAACACUUUCUCAUACCGGAUAGUUUAACAUGAAGUGAAGAGAGAGAGAAUGGUUGAGGUGUUGGACUGAUGACCAGAAUGUUGGUUCAAAUCCCAGGUCCACCAAGCUGCCACAGCUGGGCCCUUGAGCAAGGCCCUUAACCCUGAAUUGCUCAGUUGUAUAAAAAAAACGAGAUAAAUGUAAGUCGCCCCAGAUAAACAAUUCUGCCAAAUGGCGUAAAUGUAGGAAGUUAAUCUUCCAUAGUUUUUACAGUUAAGGACUGAAAUCAAUUAAGUCUCAGUCAGCUCUGAGGGAUUGAGAUAGUGAUUGAUAUUAGAUAGUGUUAACAAUAUUCUCCCAAAAACUGAUGAGAUGGCCUUUGAACAGCUGGUUCCUUGAACACAGUUGAAUGUUAGGAUCAUUGAGACUUGUCACAUCACACAUGAUGAAAACCCUGCACUCUUCACUCCGUUGAUCCAUAAGGGAAUUGUGACAAGAUCGUAACAUCCUAAAGAGCUUAUUCAGCCAAUCCUGCCUUAAUGGGGAAGCACAUGUUAUUUGGCGGAUUCUGUUGACUUGGGUGCAUGUGGCACUGUGAAACCUCCCAUCCAUUCGAGCAGACCCUCUACUUCUCUGGCACUACCAGCAUUUGAUCUUUUUUUUUACUUGAAAAAAAACGCACGUAAUACGUAAAAUUACGUAAAACGUAAUCCCGUGCAUGCAGAGGUACAGCACUCUGUAGUACAUACGUUUUUAUCUUUGCAAGUUGCCACGGAUACAGUUGCUAGGGCCCUGUAAAUGAGGCAUAUUAUGUGAGAGUGAAGAGGUUGGGCACAAACUGUGAUGUAAUAAAACCCACCCCUUCCUCUCUGUGCUGGACUACAGAUGCCUUGGCUCAAAAGCAUUUUUAAUUCAGAGCAGAGGUAUAUUUGUAUAUUUAAAGAAUGGAUCUGUAUAAUACACACCACUUAUUUUUGCUAACAAAAGUCUGAGAGAUACACGAAUAUAAAAUAACUAAUAUUAUACGACAGGUGUUUAAAAAUAAUCAAAUUAAAAUGCAAUAGACUGUUGACCUCCAGGUUUUAUUUUAUUUUAUUUAUUUUUUUUAUUUUAAAUGUAUUUUUUUUCCCAUUCCAAAUCAUGUCGUCAUGUCAUCCAGCGUAAUUGGUGUAGUCUUGAGUGGCUAAUCUUAAGACGUUCUCUAUUUUAUAUCAGUUUGGUUUCUGAUUUAAAUAAAUGAGCAGAUUUACAAACCUGCCCUUUAAAGGUCCAUCCUGAAAUGGAGAUUCAAGUGAUUUUGUGGAAUUUGUCUAAUGUUGAAUCUACUAUGAUGAGUAAUUUGAACUAAAGCCUUUUUUUGGAGUCUAACAUUAUUAUUAUUAUUAUUAUUAUUAUUAUUAUUUUCCACAUAGAGGUGAUGAUUGUCUGUGGAAUGUGCCUUUCUUGAUGGUGCUGAUCUUAAACUAGUAAAUAAAGGGCAAAAAAAUGAUACGUGAUAUACUGUAUAAUGUGUGUAUUUGUUUUAAAAAGAAAAGUGUGUAACUCAUUUUGUUUGCCAAAAACACGCCCAUAUCCGAGACUUGUGAGAUCAUGUCAGGACCAAACUUUUUCACAAGGGGGAUUUAGGUGGUGACUGCUUGCACUAGCCAGGCUGUGACAGGAGACCUCACAGAUCUAACCUUUUAAAAAGAGAAAUUCAAACAUUAUUAACCGGGGUAUUUUUGGCAAGAUAUUUUGAUGCAGGAUUUAAAGCUUUUGUGUAAUGCACACAAUAUAGCUAACGUUCUUUAAAGCAUUACAUGAGUCUUGAAAAAAUUAUAACAAUUUUACUGAGAGUUGGUGUAACGGACAUUUCAUCGACUCUGCUCUGUAAUCCAAUUUAGUCAUUUGGAGCAGCUGACAAUUCCUGCAUCAGAUAUUCCUAACUUCAAGCGUCUAUUCUAUCCAUUUUUCAGCAUUGAUUUAAAGACGAUGCUUAGAACUGAUUAACUAGAGUUGCUAAAGCUUCGUCAGUGCUCUAGCUCUGCAGUGCCAUGUCACUUCUUUCCUUGUGCUGAAAGAUUCCAUGGAAAAAAGAAAAUAUAUAAAAACAUUAAAUAACGCAUCAUGAUCUCCAUUGUCUGAUGAUGAACCUUUCUAGUUUUUGAAAUACAUAUUUGGAAGGUCUUACCAUCUGAUUGCGGACUUUCAAUGAGCCGUUUUGUUUUAUUUUAUUGUCUUGUUUAAUUGUUAAUAUUUUAAUUAAAUAUAUAUAUGUAUUCUGAA